AUGUCAAAUACACCUAGGCCAGUGGAAAUUCGAGCAAAAAUCUUAGCCACAGACACAGAUCAAAAGGAAUCAUUGAGGUACUCCCUCCUCCUAGAUGACAGCUCCUUCCUGGCUGAGUCGCUGGGGUUGGACAAGGACUUGCGAGAGCCAUUUUUUGCAGACCCAACUGCUUCAGACUCCUUGCUGCGUGACGAUGAGGAUGAUGAGGACUGGAGCAGCACAUAUCAGCCCUUGGCCGUCGAAGAAGCCCACUUGGCCAGGGCCCCCAGCGCCUCGCUCAGCAACAGCACUUUAGACUCUUUCUACUGCAAUCUCUCAGACCUCCAGACCUUCUCCCCAGAGCAGCUGGGAAAAAGUGACCACGUCUCGCGUGACACUCUUGGGAAAGGGGACCAAAGCUCACCGGGUGAUCCAGUGUCCCCAGAAGAUGGCUUCUGCCAACUGUUGCAGCUGCGUUACGAAGAACUGAAAGAAGAAAAUUCCAAGUUAAGAAGUAAAAUAAGCCAAAUUCAGGCUGUUUCUGAAUCUCAAGCAGAAAGAAUAAGGCAUCUGGAAAGGACAUUAGAGAAGAACAAACGGAAAGAGGAGAAGGAGGCUCAUGAGUUGGAGGCGAUGGUGCAGCAAGUGGAAGAGAAUCUCCAGUUAAUGACGAAACGGGCCACGAAAGCAGAAAACAGUGUCAUCAAGCUGAAGCAGGAAAACAUGCACCUUCAGGUUCAGGUGGAAAACUACAAAUUGGAGAAUGUAGCCUUAAGGUCUGGCCAUCUAGAAAACCUGGCUGUAGUGAAACAAAAUGCAGAUGUUGCCUUGCAGAAUCUUCUUGCCGUGGUAACAAAAUCUAAAUCAUCAAUCAGGCAGCUAGUUUCAGGUGCAGAACAACUGCAGCUUGUGGCUGAUCUUCUGAAAUCUAUAGACAAAAUAUCUGAGAUACCAUCACAAGGAACUCCCUGAGAAUCCAUUACCUCUCAUUCUUGGAGAAAGAUAAGAUUGGAAACCGGACUUUUCAAAGGCAUUGUGCUGUGAUCUUUAACUUCCAGAACUGUUAAGAAGGUUGCAGCCCUUGGCUAUUAUGUCUGGAUUGAUCAGUGGAAAGCAUUUCAUAAUCUACUAAUAAUGUGCAGAGAUAACCAAAUAUUUUCCCACUUCGCUGGCUGGCUGGCUGCUUAGAGAUUGCUUGAAUUUAAAAGUCUAGUCAGGAAUAUAUUUGUUAUUUAACAUGGCUGCCAGUCAGAAGACAAGCUGUCCCUGAGCACAGUUAUUGUUAUUAAAACUGUCUUUUUGGUGGAAAUCACAUUUCUUGAAAGCCAGCUGUCAUAUGGAGUGUGAUGAGACCUUUUAUUGCUUUUUGUACAGCAAAGUAUCCAGGAUUUAACCUUCUGAAUAUACAGUUUUGAGGCUUUUUAAUUUCUCCAGGCUUUGUAAUAGUAUUAUUUUUUAAAUUAAAACGAAACUGCAAGU